AUGAAACUGCUGGUAGUAUUGUGUGCCUUGGUGGCAUUCUGCGCUGGCAAUGCCAUUCCUGUGGUACCAAAAGAUAACAGCCACUAUGUAGAAGGAGUCAGCCGUUACAUCUGGAUGCCUGAUGGAGAUGAUAACCUUCACCUAGUCGACCUCGAGGAACCCGUGGAUGAAACCCUCCUCGCAUCCAGAAAUGGAAACCGUAAUCAGUAUUGGCUCUUUACCAGGCAAAAUCGUAAUAACCGUCAAGUACUCGUGAACGGUAAUGCGAAUUCCAUACGUAAUUCUUUCUACAGAGGAAAUAGACCAACAGUAGCAAUAGCUCACGGUUGGAAUAGCGGUGGAACUUCAAGCUGGGUUCCACAAAUGGUAACAGCUUUUCUUGACCGUGCAGACGUGAAUGUCAUCGUUCUUGAUUGGAGUUCUACCGCCAGCAGUGCAUAUACGAGCGCUGUAAGAGCAGUACCAGACGUUGGAAGACAUCUUGCUAACUUCCUUAGAUUCGUUUUCAGUACUGCUGGUGGCAACUGGAAUAACGUUCACUUAGUUGGUCACAGUUUGGGUGCUCACGUUAUGGGCAAUGCUGGUCGUGCAGCUCCUUCUCGUCCCGUGCGCGUUACUGGUUUGGACCCAGCUGGACCACAGUGGGGUGGUAAUUCUAAUGCCCUAAAUCGUAACUCUGCUACAUACGUUGAAUCUAUUCACACUGACGGGGGUGCUCUCGGUAUUAUGGAUCCAAUUUCUCAUGCUGACUUUUACCCUAAUGGUGGCCGAAAUCGCCAGCCUGGUUGUAGCAACAGUGUUUGCUCUCAUGGUCGGGCGCAACCUUUGUUUUCCUCCACUGUCAGAACCGACCACUUGAAUGGAAGGCGUUGUGCAAAUCUGGACCAGGCUCGUAAAAAUCAAUGUACCGGUGCCUCUCUGAAGAUGGGUAACUCCAACUUAGGCAAAAGAGGGUAA